GAGCCUAGAGACUGAAAUGAGGACAGGCCUGGGCCCCACAGCCCACCAGUGAGACCCUUCCCCCACCCCCUCCUUCCCCAUCUGGGUUCCUGUUACUCUGGCCCUUUAAGAAGGGGGCUAGAACUCUGGCAAGCUGAGGUGGUGGUCCCCUGGGAACCCAGGGACAACAAACAGCUUCAGAGAGAUUGGGGCUGUGUUGGGGACCCUCCACAACAGGGAUGGCACACACGGAGGCCAAUCAGGCCCUCCCACCUGUCACCCUGGCCCUUCUUUGUUGGGACGGCGUCUUCCUCUCCUCCGCCGAGAAUGACUUUGUGCACCGCAUCCAGGAGGAGCUGGACCGCUUCGUGCUGCAGAAGCAGCUGUCAAAGGUACUUCUUUUCCCCCCGCUCUCCAGUCGCCUCCGGUACCUGAUCCACAGGACAGCAGAGAAUUUUGAUCUUCUGAGCAGCUUCUCUGUUGGGGAGGGCUGGAGGAGAAGGACAGUCAUCUGUCACUUGGAUAUCAGGUUACCCAGUUCAGAUGGACUGUCCGGCCCCUGCCACCCUCCUGCCUCCCAGCCUAGCAAGGCCCGAGGACCUCGGCCCACCUCAAACCAAGGAGCACCUGCUGGUCCUCGAGGGGCACGGGCUGGCCGGUGGCAUCGUGGACGCAAACCAGAUCAGGCUUUGUACGUGCCCCGAGUACUGCGCAGGCAAGAAGAAUGGGCGCCACCCUCUACCCAAGGGCUCCAGGGAGAUGCCCCAGCUGCUGGGCCCCUGGAAGAGCCUGGAAAUGUCAGUGCUGGGGACCUCGACUCUGAUCAGGACCUCCCUGCAUUGACGACUCAGGCACCUGAGGACCUAGAGGGCCCAGACCAACGCUGUGACGAUGAACAGCUACUGGACUUAGUUGGCAUUGAGUCCCCACAGCCCGAGAGCCACUCCGUGACGGGAGACGGGUUGGAGAUGUCCACACGGCUUGGGUCCAGUCUGAGGCUGGACUCAGAAGAGGGGAAUGGGAGUGAGGUGAAGAGCCUGGCAGAGGAGGAAGAGGAAGAGCUGGAAGAGUUGGGGCCUGGCAGCUGCCCCGGGGAUGAUUACAGUGAGCUGCUGCAGGAGAUAACAGACAACCUGACUGAGAAGGAGAUUCAGGUAGAGAAGAUCCACGUGGACACGUCCUCCUUCAUGGAGGAGCUGCCUGGAGAGAAGGAUUUUGCCCACGUGGUGGAGAUCUAUGAUUUUGAGCCGACACUCAAGACUGAGGACCUGCUGGCAGCACUUUCCGAGUUCCAAGAGAAGGGGCUCAAGAUUCAGUGGGUAGAUGACACGCACGCGCUCGGUGUCUUUCCCUGCCUGGCCUCAGCCGCUGAAGCCCUGACCAAGGAUUUCUCUGUGCUCAAGAUCCGGCCCCUCACGCAGGGAACCAAGCAGUCAAAGCUGAAAGCCUUGCAAAGGCCAAAAAGCAUGAUGGGGGCUUUUAGAAGCUGGUUUUCUGUGGCUGCAAAGCAGUGGCUGGCAAAACUGGCUCAGAAGAGAGCUCCUGCGUCUGGCAAAGAUGAGACCACAGACAAAUACAGCGGUGGCCAGGAGGCUGGUGGCCCGGGCCCUGGGGCUCCAACACAAGAAGAGAGAGCGGCCUGCCGUCGAGUCUUCUACCUCCCUGAGGCCCUGAGGGGCCCCGUAAGCCUGGACCGGUGCCCCGUAAGCCUGGACCAGUGCACCCAGGAUGAAGCCGGUGCCCCAACGCCACGAGCCUUUACAGACACCAGAACAGCCCUGCACUGUGUGUUAGGGUGUCCCUGUUGGGUGUGGUGGGCUUUAGUUUGGUCUAGUUCCAGAAGUUGAGAAAAAAUAAAAACUUGAAAGUUGUUUCCA